AUGAUUCCCUUCGCCUAUCUUGCAAUAGGCAUCAGGGUCCUCAUCGCCCUUUGCACAAGGACAAUUUUCCAGCCCGACGAAUACUUCCAGGCGCUGGAGCCAGCCCACCAUGCUGUCUUCGGAUAUGGGCACCUCACAUGGGAGUGGGUGGCCCCCAAACCCAUUCGAAGCAUUCUUUAUCCCUUUUUGAAUAUGCCUAUCUUCUGGAUCUUGAAGUCCACAGGUUUGGCGGAGACGGUUUCCUUGAUUCUAGUCCUCAAGAUUGCCUCUCCCAAGAUCCUCCACGGCCUUCUCGCAGCCGGAACAGAUAUCUAUCUAGUUGAGACGACACGUCGCACCCUAGGAAGUGCUUAUGUCGGCACUGCUUUCCUUCUGUCCUUGACGUCAUUUUUCAAUGCACUGGCGUUAUCCCGAUCGCUUUCCAAUUCCCUGGAAACAACUCUGACCACCAUCGCUUUCGCUCAUUACCCUUGGGACGCCAGUCCGAGUCUGAGUCCUCAAUUGAUCUUCAACAGGCAUGCUUCGAACCCAUGA